AUGGCGGUGUUGGCAACCCUCACCAAUCCACCGAUAUUACAGUCGGGCUGUAACAUCUGCGGCAAAGAAGAGACCGCAUGGGUGUGCGGGGGCUGUCAUGUCGUGUCAUACUGCUCCAAAGAGCAUCAACAGGAUGACUUUGCCCAUGAGAGCUCCUGCUUUCACAUCCGACGAUGUGAAAAGCUUCUCCUUCGAGAAAUGAAGGCGCUGCGUGCCGACCCGACACAUCCCUUUGAGACGAAAGUGUCACUAUUCUGGGAUGAACCUAGCCUGAUCUUCUAUAUCUUUUUCAUGGUGCAGAUGGUCAGCGCCCUCUCGUUGGUCAAAAGCGUCGAUUCAGUCAAGACCCAGGCGGUAUUGCUCCUGGAAAUUGUGCGACUCGGCCGCAGUGACUUUAUGGCCCAUCGAAAUCAGAUCCCUGCCCUCCUGCUUCGCAUCAACAAAGACCAACGGUGCUACGACUUCAUCAAAUGGUGGGGGAAUGCCCUGCCCAAAAGCAGCUACCACAUGGGCCUGCAAGAUCUUUCCAUCCGCAACCUCCCGUACCUGGACAUCAGAGAUGCCGACGCUCUAGAACCAAUCGAGCAAUUCUGCGGAAGAACGGAUGUCGGCCUCACCAUUCCUCUGAUGCUCCUGAAAAUCAAGCUUCUCCAUGACUUUGAAAGGUUGGAUCUCUCAUUCGCCAUCUUGGCACCAAAAGUCCCUCCUGAGAUUCUGUGCAUGAUCCAACGAUACAUCCCCGAGAGUCUCGUUGUUGCAGAUAAUAGAUCUGUCGUGUAUGGGAGACCAUGCCUGGACUAUAUAAAAUUAUUGAAGGCCCAGAUAGUCUCAUUGUUCAAGGAAGUCGAAGAUAGAAAUCCGCAUUUCUGGUCUGCAAUGAUUGAUCCCGCCUCUUUUUUUGGGAACCUACCACACGUGGCAAAGAUGAAGGAGCCUGGCAGCAAGACCGAGACUUAUUUUCUCUUGAGAUGGAACUAUAGGUCAUGGGUUGAAACGGACGGCGCUCUUGUAUUUGUUCGGCGGCUUUUGAGCUUGGAGUGCCCGAGUGGUUCUUCUUGA